GCGUUCGCCCGGAAGAGUCCCCUUGAGUCGAGGGCAGCGGCCUAGGCCGUGGCCUCUGCGGGGGAUGGCGACCCCCUGGCGCGUCUCGGUCCAGGUGUGCUGGUCGCACCUAAGGUGUCUUGGGCUCAGAAGGGAACUUGGCCUUCUGAGACCCUCCGGGUGCUCUCGCAACGCCAGGCUCUGUUGGCUUCUGCUGGGCACUUUGCCUAAGCUCAUCUCCACCUGUGGGGCCGCCGGGGAGGGUGCCCCUGGCAGCUUGAGUGGGCAAAGGGCCCGCUGGAGGGGUCCGGCUGAAGAUGGGCCAGGGGAGAGGCUGUCCCCAGCAGGGCGGCUAGGCGGGGCCUUCCUGCAUUUUGGCCUCUGCCUGCGGGCCUGCGUCCUCCUGGUGAAAUUCUUCCCUAUCCUCCUGCUCUAUCCCCUCACCUACCUGUCUCCCAGCGUCUCCAACCUCUGGCUGCACCUGCUUCUGAAAGCCACCGAGACCUCAGGCCCAACCUAUAUCAAACUGGGCCAGUGGGCCAGCACCCGACGGGACCUCUUCUCUGAGGCUUUCUGUGCCCAGUUCUCCAAGCUGCAUGUCCGAGUGACGCCCCACCCUUGGACUCACACUGAGAGCUUUCUUCGGCAGGCAUUUGGGGAGGAUUGGGGGAGCAUGCUCUCUUUUGAGAACCGGGACCCCGUGGGUUCAGGUUGUGUGGCCCAAGUGUACAAAGCAUAUGCCAACACCACCUUCCUGGAGGAUGACAGCUUUCAGAGGCUUGGCAGAGACUCCUGUCUGCAGGCUUCUUCAGAGGUGCGGGCAGUUAGGGGGCCGGGAGAGCUCUUUGGACACCUUGGGAAUGGGUGGACACCUCCUGGAAAUCUUGCUGACCAGUCAUUUCUAGAAAGGCUUCUCCUCCCUAAAGCUGACCUGGUUGGAUCAAAUACAGGUGUGUCUCAGACUUCGGUCACUGGCCACCGCUUGGAGCCAGAUCACCUCAUCCCUGUGGCAGUGAAAGUGUUGCACCCUGGCCUGCUUUCUCAGGUGCACAUGGAUCUGCUUUUGAUGAAGAUUGGCAGCCGAAUCCUUGGACUUUUACCAGGAAUCAAGUGGCUUAGCUUGCCUGAGAUUGUGGAGGAAUUUGAGAAGCUCAUGGUUCAACAGAUCGACCUGCGUUACGAAGCUCGGAAUCUAGAGCACUUCCAGCGCAACUUCCAGAAGGUGAAAGCUGUCAGAUUCCCCACGCCCCUGCAUCCCUUUGUCACCAGGGAUGUUUUGGUGGAAACAUAUGAAGAGAGCGUGCCAGUAUCCAGUUACCAGCAGGCAGGAAUUCCUGUGGACUUGAAGAGGAAGAUUGCGCAGCUAGGGAUAAACAUGCUUCUGAAGAUGAUAUUUGUGGACAACUUUGUGCAUGCAGAUCUUCACCCUGGCAACAUCCUGGUCCAGGGUGCCAGCAGUCUCUCCACGAGUCAGGAGGCACAGCUGCAGCAGGUGGAUGUCUGUGAUACGCUGGUGGUGACCGUGAUGCCUGCCCUGCACCCGUUGCGCCUAGUGCUGCUGGACGCUGGAAUUGUGGCUGAGCUGCAGGAUGCUGACCUGAGGAAUUUCCGAGCAGUUUUCAUGGCUGUGGUGAUGGGACAGGGUCAGAGAGUGGCUGAACUCAUCCUGCAUCAUGCUCGGGCCAGUGAGUGUAGGGAUGUGGAAGGAUUCAAAGCCGAGAUGGCUAUGCUGGUGACCCAGGCCAGGAAGAACACCAUCACUCUGGAAAAGCUUCACGUUUCCAGCCUUCUCUCCAGUGUCUUCAAGUUACUGAUGACUCACAAGGUCAAGCUUGAGAGUAACUUUGCCUCGAUUGUGUUCGCCAUCAUGGUGUUGGAGGGGCUUGGCCGCUCGCUGGACCCUAAACUGGACAUCCUGGAGGCAGCAAGGCCCUUCCUUCUUACAGGACCAGUGUCCUCUCCAUGACGAGAGCAUGCGGCCUACAGUGGACCUUUGUCAGGGGCUAGAGGCCGUUCCGAGAGUCUCUCAUGUGGCAGCUGGAACGUUUUCAAGUUGGGACCUUUGGAGGGCACACCAUUGCUUUUACUCUGCUUUGGUUUCUGGGUCUGUCUAAAAGUUUUGGGUUACUUGGGGAGUAAAAGGAGGGAAGGGGGGCUAUCCAUUCAGUUGUGGAAACUGGGCCAGGGAUACUGUUUCAGGGAAAAUGUUCUGCAGUGGAAGACAAUAGGUUUUCUCGUUUUUUCCUUUUCUUAACCACUAUACUCCCUGGUCAGGUGGGUCCUGCUGGUGGUUUCCAAACUAACAUUAAGGUUAGAAAAUGCCAUAAAAUCCUGUUGACCCAUGA